UGCAUGCUCUAUAAAGAAUAGGCAAAGCAGCUUGAAAAAGAGAAUAGCUUUGGGUACAAACUGGCUGUAAAAGAAUGGAAGGAGAUAUCAACCAGAAGCUGCUAACAGAAGCAGAGAAGACUGAAGUUGGAGAAGUGAAACUUAAAGAAAAGAUAUGGACAGAGACAAAGAAGAUGUGGGUUGUUGCUGGUCCUGCAAUUUUCACCAGGUUUUCUACCUUUGGUGUUACUGUAAUCAGUCAAGCUUUUGUUGGUCAUAUUGGUGCUACUGAGCUUGCUGCUUAUUCCCUUUCUUUAACUGUCCUUUUGAGGUUCGGCAAUGGUGUUCUGCUGGGUAUGGCCAGUGCAUUGGAAACUCUAUGUGGUCAAGCAUUUGGAGCAAAACAAUACCAUAUGCUCGGGAUAUACCUUCAAAGAUCAUGGAUAGUGUUGUUUCUGACUGCAUGCUGUCUUCUUCCUUUAUAUAUCUUCACUACCCCAAUUCUGAUAGCUUUAGGCCAGGAUGAAAAAAUAGCAGAAGUGGCAGGAUAUAUUGGUCAUUGGUUUAUCUUUGUUGUGUUUUCUUUCAUCAUAUCGUUCACCUGCCAAAUGUUCCUGCAAGCACAGAGCAAGAAUAUGAUUAUUGCAUACUUGGCAGCAUUCUCUAUUGGAAUCCAUAUCUUUCUUUCAUGGCUUUUGACUAUGAAAUUCAAAUUUGGGCUCAUAGGAGCAUUGUCAUCUACGGUUUUGGCCUAUUGGCUACCAAAUAUAGGUCAAAUUUUGUUUGUUAUAUGUGGAGGGUGUAAAGACACAUGGAAAGGUUUCUCAAUGUUAGCUUUCAAGGAUCUCUGGCCAGUAGUAAAGCUAUCUUUGUCAUCUGGUGCAAUGCUCUGUCUUGAGCUCUGGUACAACACAAUCUUGGUCCUUCUAACUGGAAACUUGAAAAAUGCUCAGGUUGCAAUUGAUGCUCUUGCCAUUUGCCUGAACAUUAAUGGAUGGGAAAUGAUGAUAUCACUCGGUUUCUUGGCUGCAGCAAGUGUUAGGGUGUCAAAUGAACUUGGAAGAGGAAGCUCCAAAGCUGCCAAGUUUUCAAUUGUGAUGACAACUCUUACAUCACUUUCCAUUGGAUUCGUGUUAUUUGUGCUAUUCUUGUGUCUUAGAGGACGUUUAGCAUACAUCUUCACCGAAAGCGAACAGGUGGCCAAUGCAGUUGCACAUUUAUCUCCACUAUUGGCUUGCUCCAUACUUCUAAACAGUGUUCAACCUGUGCUCUCUGGAGUUGCUGUUGGUGCUGGAUGGCAGAGCACCGUAGCAUGGGUUAACAUAGCUUCCUAUUAUCUAAUUGGCAUUCCAAUUGGUGUUGUGCUUGGAUACGUUCUCAACAUGGAAGUCAAGGGUGUUUGGAUUGGCAUGUUGCUAGGAACAUUUGUUCAAACUAUUGUACUUAUUAUUAUCACCUGGAAAACUGACUGGGAUAAACAGGUGAUUUUAGCUCAGACACGAGUUAAUAAGUGGUUAGUACCAGAAUCCAGGGAAGAAAACGGCAAUACAGAAAAUUCUGCCUGAAGCCAGUGACUAAAUCACUGGUGGGAAUUUGAUUAACUAAUUUUGAGAUUCUUUGGUGUCAACUAUGCAUACCAAAUGAAAUAGCUGCUGUUGUUAUUUGCAUAAUCACAUCUUUGGCUCUUGGUAUAAUUUACAUGUUGCUGCUUUAUGUUUUCUGCAAUGUGCAAGGGGUGGAUUUGAAAGUGCCAUUCAGAUGGAAAUGCAAAAAAUUUUAAUAAUCUUUUGCAAUCAUAUUUUUAAGUCCAAAGCUUCCCAUACAUUAGGGAGAGCUUCAAACUGAAGAAAAAUUUGGUUAUCUUUUGAGAAAGGUGAUUAGAUAUAUACUGAAGCAAGAGCAGCAGAGAAACUUGAAAUGUACUUUGUGGCCUUAGUGUUGACUUUUGAAACUAGAAAGUAUUUGACAAUGAGAGAUCAAAGAUUGUCAUAAAGAGUGCUUAUUGUUCUACGUUCACAGUGACGAAAAAUAAAUGUAGAUCAAAGUAGCAUUGCUCUAAAA